AUGCUCCUCUACGACCUCCGCGAACGAAUCCUUCACCUGGCCUCCGACGCCGAAGCCCUCCAACGCGAAGUUGACGACGUAGUCGCUCAAGACCAUGCCAUGUUCGGUCAAACCGAAACCCUCAUCUGGGAACGCAUGGAACAAGAUAUCCCCGAAGGCUUCGUCAUGUGGUACCGAACCCUCUACACCGAACAAUACCCCGAACGAUGCGAGACCAGUCUCGAAGAUCCUUGGGUCCGUAUCAACUGUAGUCCUCUCAGCAUCGACGAGAUUUUCAACCGCAUCACUUGCUUCUUGAUCUUUAUGCUCGAAGCCGAACCUGAGGAGCCGUGGUACCACGCGGUGGAUAAGUUUACUUUUGCUACUUGGGCCGACAUCUUGUUUUUGAGGACUCACAGAGCAUUGGCGUGCAAGGUUGAUGAAGUGGGAAAGCUAUACACGGGAUGGCCUGAGUUGGGGGAGGAGUCAUUGUGUUUAAGAUUGAUGAAUUGGGCGGAGCAGGUGAUGGAGGAUCGCGGACUUAUCGAGUAA